AUGAUUUUGGGAACUCUUAAUAUAAGGGGAGGUGGAAGUAGAAUAAAGAGGAAAAGGAUUAGUGGGAUUAUUAAUAAAAGAGGGGCUGAUAUGUUUCUGAUCCACGAAACCAAAAUGGAAGAUGUCCCAGAAGCCAUUGCUAUGAGCUUUUGGAGGUCGGAAGAUGUGAAUUUUUCGUUUAUGCCUUCAGAGGGUCUUUCGGACGGCAUUUUGACGUUGUGGAACACAAAUACUGUAAAUGUUCUGUUUAGUUUUCGUGGUUUAGGUUUUUUGGGUACUAAGGUGAAAUGGAAGAGAAGCUUAUAUUAUGUUGUGAAUAUAUACUCUCCGUGCUCUUUAGCUUUGAAAAGGAUUAUGUGGAACAAGUUAAUUUAUCUGAAGCGUAGUUAUACCGAUGGGGAAUGGAUUAUCGGAGGUGAUUUUAACGCGGUGAAAAGGAGGGAGGAGCGGUUUGGUCGGUCGGUAGAUAGUAGUAACGUGGAGAGGAGGAAGUUCAUGGAGUUUAUCGAUGAUUGUGAUCUAGUCGAUGUUCCUUGCAAGGGAAAGAAAUACUCAUGGUAUAGGGGAGAUGGGCAAUCCGAAAGUAGAAUAGAUAGGUUCCUUGUGUCCGAAGAUAUUAUUAACUCGUGGGGAAUUGUAGGUCAAUUUAUUGAUAAGAGGGGCAUUUCGGAUCAUUGCCCGAUGUGGUUGGAAUCGGAUAAAGAAGAUUGGGGCCCAAAACUGCUCAAGUUUAACAAUAAAUGGUUAUCUAACAAAGACUUCAUUCCUUUCAUCGAAAAAGAAUGGAAGGAAAUGAAAGUGAGAGGGAGGGGAGACUUUGUUUUGAAGGAAAAAAUUAGGCUUUUAAAAGAAAGAUUGAGAUGGUGGAACAAGUCGGUUUUCGGAAAGUACGAUUUGGAGGUGGAGGAAGGAGUUAGGGAGAUGAAUGAGUUGGGUGAGAUCGAUGUGGCGGAUGCGGAGUCGCUAGCUAACAAUAGAAAAGCGAGCAAAAGAAUUUGGUUGAAUUUAAAGAUUAAGGAGAACAUGCUUAUCCAAAAGUCUAGAUUAAGAUGGUUGAAUGAUGGAGAUUCUAAUAGCAAAUUCUUUCAUAGAAUCAUGAAGUAG